UCAGCUAUAAAGCCCCGCGCGUUCGCGCGCCCCACCUCCAGUUCCCAAAGGCGCGGAGGGGUGGUCGCCAUGUCGUCGUCCAAGUCGGCUGUGGUUCUCGGUUACUGGGAUAUUCGCGGGCUGGCGCACGCCAUCCGCUUGCUCCUGGAGUUCACCGAUACUUCCUACGAGGAGAAACGGUACACGUGUGGGGAAGCUCCCGACUAUGAUAGAAGCCAGUGGCUGGACGUGAAAUUCAAGCUGGACCUGGACUUCCCUAACCUGCCAUACCUCAUGGACGGUAAGAAUAAGAUCACCCAGAGCAAUGCCAUCUUGCGCUACAUCGCUCGCAAGCACAAUAUGUGCGGUGAUACUGAAGAAGAAAAGAUUCGAGUGGACAUUAUGGAGAACCAAAUAAUGGACUUCCGCAUGCAGCUAACACGACUCUGCUACAACCCUGACCAUGAAAAAUUGAAGCCUCAAUACUUGGAACAGCUGCCUGUACAACUGAAACAAUUCUCCUUGUUCCUGGGGAAAUUCUCAUGGUUUGCAGGAGAAAAGCUCACCUUUGUGGAUUUUCUCACCUAUGAUGUCUUAGAUCAGAACCGCAUGUUUGAGCCCAAGUGCCUGGAGGAAUUUCCAAAUCUGAAGGCUUUCAUGUGCCGUUUUGAGGCUUUAGAGAAAAUCGCUGCCUACAUGCAAUCUGACCGUUUCUUCAAAAUGCCCAUCAACAACAAGAUGGCUCAGUGGGGCCAAAAGAGAACAUGCUGAGCAGGCGGCCAGCUUCCACUCCAUCCUGUCCAUUCCAUCCUUCCCUGUGGGCCCUGUAUUCUCUCUUCUCUGCUCUUUUCAAUAAAUAGCACUUAGGCUAC